UGUCAUUUGUGACAAUUGACAACGGACAAUCUCAUAAUACAAAAUUGGUUUUUCGUUUGUUCAAAUAUCGACAUAUAACAUUAAAUGUUCCGUUUAUUACUAUUUACCACAAUAAUAAGCUCUUUUAAAGCUCAUUGUAGUACAGCCACAGUUGCUAUGGCACUAAGAAAUGUAGAUUUUGAAGUUUUUGGACGAGUCCAGGGAGUAUUUUUCCGGAAGUACACAAAGCAACAAGCAGAUAAAUUACAACUUAAGGGUUGGUGCAGAAAUACGUCGCGUGGAACUGUAGAAGGUCAAAUACAAGGACCCUCUGAUAAGUUAGAAGAAAUGAGAAACUGGCUGAAAAAUACUGGCAGUCCAAGUAGCCAGAUCGACAAAGCCGAGUUUAAAAACGACAAAGACAUUUCUGAAUAUACCUUCAGCAAUUUUGACAUUCGACGAGACAAUUAGAUCUUAAACAUAUUGUUUUUAUUUAGUCGCUUAGCAAGUUUGUUACGACUUUAAAAGUCCCCAUGUGAUAUUAAUUUUACCUUUUACGUGCUUACUUUUCAGUAUUCCUCUAUGAAUAUAAAAUGUUAAAAGAAAAAAA